AUGCGCAUAAGGCUACCCUUUGCAGGAGCAUUCCUGUUCCUUCUCUUGCUCGCUGGUUAUACGGGUUUAACAUCCAUUCAAGUCGACGCAGUCAUCAACGACAAAGUCCUACAUACUGUAACCUUCUUCAUUCUCACCGUUGUCUUCUACUGGAUUCUCGACACCAAUCGUCGAAGAACCCUCAACUUUACUCUCAUAUUCUGCACUGGCAUUCUUGGAGUGGGUUCUGAAUUCCUCCAAGGUUUCUUGCCCAAUGGCCGAAUCUUUGAUUUUUACGACAUUGUCGCAAAUAUCGUGGGUUCGCUAGCUGGUGUAGCACUAUGUAGUUGGUAUCAUUUACGGAUGUUGGAGCGGAAACGGUUAGCAAAGACGUAUCAUGUGGUACCUGGGGAUGAAGAUCAAGACUUGGAACUGGGAGAGGGAGUGGGAGCACAGGAGAGUGGUGUGACUGCAGCGUCGAGGACACUAGAUGAAGAGGUUGAUAAUUGGGACGAGAAUGGGGAGGAUGCUUGGGAUGAGGAUGAAAAUACAGGUGGUAUGAAUAAUUCUAACGGCGAAGGGUUGAAAACACCUAGUGCUAGUAGCGCGGUAAAGAUUGAGAACAAGCGAAUCGAUCAGGGUAUUCACAGGCGCGCGUUAAUGGGUAUCGAGCUCUCCAUGCACUUUUGCUCAGUGUCGACUUCUAAGAAGGACCACUGA